CAGACAGUAAUUACGUCAAAUCGCAUGCUGCAUGCUUGACUGAUGUAGCCUAUAAUACAGAAGAUGUGUUUAUGAAUAAAUAAAAUACAAUGAAACAGGAUACAAAAGAGCAGAAGAAGCAAAACAGAGGAAAGAAGCUGCAGCUUUACAAACCUAGGAAGAAAAAGAGCGCUGAGGAAGAUGCUGCCAUACAAUAUCUACAGGCUCAAUAUGAUAGGAUAAAUCCAGCAGAAAUUAAAACAUUUAAAGACUUCCCACUGUCACAGAAAACUCUCAAAGGUCUAAAAGAAAAUAAUUAUGUUACUCCAACUGAAAUACAGAGACAAGCUAUUGGUUACGCUUUGCAAGGGAAAGAUAUCUUGGGUGCAGCCAAAACAGGCUCAGGGAAAACAUUGGCCUUCUUGAUUCCUAUUCUAGAAAACUUAUUUUGUAAGAAAUGGACUAGACUGGAUGGAGUUGGAGCCUUGGUCAUAUCUCCCACCAGGGAACUGGCAUAUCAGAUCUACGAGGCUUUGAGAAAAGUAGGACAUCUUCAUGAUUUCUCAGCUGGCCUCAUUAUUGGUGGACAGAAUUUGAAAUUUGAACGGAAAAGAAUGGAUCAGAUCAAUAUAUUGAUUUGUACACCUGGCCGUCUUCUGCAGCACAUGGAUGAGAAUCCCUUGUUUGACUGCAGCCACUUACAAAUUCUUGUUUUAGAUGAAGCUGACAGAUGCUUAGACAUGGGCUUUGAGACAACAAUGAAUGCAAUCAUAGAGAAUUUGCCAGCUGAGAGACAAACUCUCUUAUUCUCUGCCACACAAACUAAAUCAGUGAAAGACCUGGCUCGCCUCAGCCUGUCAUUCCCCACCUACAUAGCUCCACAUGAACAGGCUGAGACUGUCACCCCAGACUUGCUGCAACAAAGUUAUAUUAUUUGUGAAAUUGAUGAAAAGAUUGGGAUACUAUGGUCUUUUAUUAAAAACCAUUUGAAACAAAAGGUAAUAGUGUUUAUGGCAACUUGUAAACAAGUCAAAUACACAUAUGAGCUGUUCUGCAAACUGAGGCCCGGCAUCAGCUUGCUCGCUCUCUAUGGCACAUUGCAUCAAGAGAAGAGGGAGAGGAUCUACAAUGAGUUUUGUAGGAAAUCAAAUGUUGUUCUGUUUGCUACAGAUUUAGCUUCUAGAGGACUUGACUUCCCUCGUGUAAAUUGGGUUAUCCAAAUGGAUUGCCCUGAAGAUGUAGAAACAUACAUUCACAGAGCUGGCCGCACAGCCAGAGGAUUUACUGGUAAAGGAGAAGGUUUGUUGAUGCUUCUGCCCCAUGAGGAGAAAUUAGUUGAAGACCUGCAAAAGAGUAAAAUACCUAUUGAUAAAAUUCAGGUAGAUCCAUCAAAAGUAGUUGCACCACAAAGGAAAAUAGAAAGUCUUCUGUCUGACAGUACUGAGCUCAAACAGAGUGCACAAAGGGCUUUUGUUAGCUAUCUGAAGUCUGUAUUCUUGAUGAAGAAUAAAGAGAUAUUUAAUGUCCAACUUUUAGAUACAGAUGCAUAUGCAAGGUCCUUGGGCUUAAUAGUGCCUCCUUAUAUAAAAUUCUUAAAGAAAUAUCAAUAUGCACACAAGAAACAAGCUGAAGAAAGUGAAAAUAAUGAUAGCAUUGAAAAAUUGAAAGCCAAAACUGAAUCUGACGGCGACUCUGAACAAACUGAGGAGGAAGAGCCAAAACCAGAGCUCGACAAAAAACUAAAGAAGCAGAAAAAGAAGGAAGCACUCGUUAAAUUUGACUUUCAUAAUGAUGCAGACAGUGACGAGGAAGACUUUUUGCAAGUGAAAAGGGCAGAUGUGGAUGUAGGUGAUGAGCCAGUUGAAGAACCACAAACUACUUCAAAGAAAAAAGCAAAACCUCUCACAAAGGCAGCAGUUGCUAAGAAAUUGUUAAAGAAAAAGAUUAAAGUUAAUACAACAGUCAAGUUUACAGAUGAUGGAGAAGCAAUAGAAGAUGAAAAGAGAGAUGUAAAAUCAGAUCUGGCAAAACAAUUCUUGAAUGAGAAUGUUGGAGGUAUUGAUAUAGAAAAAGCAAAAGAAGUAUUACAGGAAGAAGAUAAGUUCGACAAGAUAAGGUUUAGAGAAAAAGUUAAAGCUAAACACAAGGAGCAGAAACGAAAACUUAAGAAUAAAAAGAAGGAAGAAGAAGGAGAGAAAGAUGACUUUGGGUCACAAUCCGAGUCUGAUGGACCUGACCUGUCAUGGCUUCCAGACCCUGAUAAGCACUAUGGCAAAAAAGAUGGUAGUGAUGAAUCUGGUAGUGGACCUGAGGAUAGUGGCCCUGAAGGAUCAGAUCAAGAUGAUGAUGAAUCUGAAGUGGACCAAAAGUUCCACAGGCCACCAAAGCGAAAACUGCUGGAGAGCAAGGGUAUACCACAGGCUAGCGUGACGCCGCGCAAGGUGAAGAAGGUUCAGGAUAUCUCCGCAUCGCUGUCUGUCAGCGAGGCCGAGGCGCUCGCCAUGCAGCUGCUACAAGCUAAACGAUGACUUCUGGUCAAUUAAAUGUUAAUCUGAUA